AUGGCAGGCUUCUCGAGAGGUGGACCACCACCAGACCGCUCGGCAUAUGGGGGACUGGGAGCGUACGGAUCCAGCGCUGGAGGAGGAAGAUCUAGUGGCGGAGCAGGCUUCUCUUCCGGCAGCGCUCCUGCUGGACGCUCAGCAUACGGCCAGACGUCGAGCGCGUAUGGCCAGACGUCGAACGCAUAUGGCCAGCCUCAGCAAGGGCAGGCCCCUCCUCCAUCACGCAGAGUCCCGCCUCCAUCCCGCGAUUAUGGCGGCGGCGCCGAAAAGGCAGCGUAUAGCCACCAGCCUGCUCACCGCGAGUACGCCGUCGUGCGAUGCCCAAACGAACUCAACCUCAGCAACGCCCUCGUCGUCAACCCGCAAGAGUGGCCAGGGACCCAGUAUAUCCUCGCCAAGGGACGCUACGUCUUCACCGUCCUUCACGACUCGACCAAUACCAUCCAGCCGGGCACCAUCGGCGUCGCAGCAUUCCAGCGCGAAUGGGCCGGACUGAGCGCAUCGGGAGACUACAUGACGGCCGAAGUCUACGACCCAAUGGCGGUGUCGUCGGGCAUCUACCUGGGCGGGAUUGACUUGGAGGUAUCGUUCCUACGCUCGGCCAUCACCGCCAACGAGCAAUUCGACGUCGAGGAGAUGGCGCGAAACUUCUUGCGCGCUUUCGAGGGGCAUAUAUUCUCGGUUGGACAGCUGCUCGUUUUCGAGUUCCACGGCCACAACCUGCGCUUAGUCGUGCGAGGAGUCAACGUCGUCGAGGCCGGGCAAAUUGAUGCAAAGGGUGGAGCGAGCGGCCCCCCUACUGGCAUGGACAAGGGCAUACUGAUCGCUCAAACUGACGUCAACUUCAACAAGGCCAAGGACAGUCAGAUCAAACUGAAGGCCAGCGGCAAAAAGGCCCCUCCCAAUGCCAUCCUUCAAGCCAACUUCAAGUUCGAGGACAUGGGCAUCGGCGGUCUCGACGACGAAUUCAGCGCCAUCUUUCGUCGUGCCUUUGCCUCGCGCAUCUUCCCGCCAGCCCUGGUCGACAAGCUCGGCAUCCAGCACGUCAAGGGUAUCCUCCUCUACGGUCCACCGGGCACGGGUAAAACGCUCAUGGCCCGCCAAAUCGGCAAGAUGCUCAACGCUCGCGAGCCCAAGAUCAUCAAUGGUCCAGAGAUUCUCAACAAGUACGUCGGAGCGAGCGAGGAGAACAUCCGCAAACUCUUUGCAGACGCAGAAAAGGAGUACAAGGAAAAGGGCGACGAGUCUGGCCUGCACAUCCUCAUCUUCGACGAGCUCGACGCAAUCUGCAAGCAGCGUGGUUCGACGGGUGGCGGGACGGGCGUCGGCGACUCCGUCGUCAAUCAGCUCCUCUCCAAGAUGGACGGCGUGGACCAGCUCAACAACAUCCUGCUCAUCGGAAUGACCAAUCGUCUCGACAUGAUCGACGAAGCGCUGCUCCGACCGGGUCGACUCGAAGUACACAUGGAGAUCAACCUUCCCGACGAACACGGCCGUCGCCAGAUCAUCUCCAUCCAGACGAACAAGAUGCGCACCAACGGCGUCAUGGACGAUGACGUUGACCUUGAUGAGCUCGCUGCGGCCACCAAGAACUUCUCUGGCGCUGAAAUCGCCGGUCUGGUCAAAAGCGCCACAUCAUUCGCAUUCUCACGCCACGUCAAGGUGGGUACAAUGGCUGGCAUCUCAGACGAUGUCGAGAACAUGCGCGUCAACCGCGACGACUUCCUCCAAGCCCUUGACGAGGUUCAGCCUGCAUUCGGUGUAUCAGAAGAAGAGCUGCAACAAGUCGUUCAGAACGGCAUCAUGCGUUUCGCGCCCCACAUCGACGUCAUCCUUCGCGAUGGCGCUCUGCGCGUCGAGCAGGUGCGCACCUCGACUCGCACACCUCUCGUCACCGCUCUCCUGCACGGCCCGCCCGGGUCAGGUAAGACGGCCCUCGCCGCUACGAUGGCCAUGUCGUCGCAAUUCCCCUUUGUCAAGCUCGUCUCGCCCGAGAACAUGGUGGGGUUGAGCGAGCCCGCCAAGAUUGCGCACCUCAACAAGGUCUUCAACGACUCGUACAAGUCGCCGCUCAGCUGCAUCGUCGUCGAUUCUGUAGAGAAGCUCGUCGAGUGGGUGCCCAUCGGCCCGCGAUUCUCGAACGGUGUUCUGCAGGCGCUGAGCGUGCUGCUGGGAAAGCGCCCACCCAAGGGUCGCCGCCUUCUUGUCCUCGCCACCACGAGCAACCGGGCGAUGCUCCAGGACAUGGAUCUGCAGCAGGCUUUCCUCGCCGAGAUGCGCGUCCCUGCCAUCUCCUCAGUGCGCUCAGUGGAGCACGUCCUGCGCGAGGUCGACCUCUUCAACGGCGACGAACGCGCUCACCAGCGCUGCGUGCAACUGCUCUCGCAUGUAGGCUUGAGGAGCAGCAGGGAUGACGGCGAGGAGGGAGCAGCACUCGACGAGUCGGGUGCGCCAGCCAAGACGGUGGGGAUCAAGAAGCUCCUGAGUGAGAUUGAAAUGGCGAGGCUCGAUGACGAUCCUGCGGAUAAGUUGGCUGCGGCGCUGCAGUUCAUGUAG